CUGGUUGUCGACCCCCAUCCCUCCACCUCCUCCACCUCCUCCUCCUCCUCUUCCAAGAUGAACUGGGGUGGGUUGCAGUCCCUCCUCAGCGGGGUGAAUAAAUACUCCACGGUGUUCGGUCGCGUCUGGCUCUCCAUGGUCUUCGUGUUCCGCAUCUUGGUGUUUGUGGUGGCCGCUCAGCGCGUCUGGGGAGACGAUAGUAGGGACUUUGUCUGUAACACGGCCCAGCCAGGCUGCGUCAACGUCUGUUACGACCACAUCUUCCCCAUCUCACACAUCCGCCUGUGGGCCCUACAGCUCAUCUUCGUCACCUGUCCAUCUCUGAUGGUUGUGGCGCACGUCAAGUUGCGUGAGGGGAAGGAUUCCAAGUACACCGCAAUGCAUGAAGGGUCGCAUUUGUAUGCUCAUCCAGGGAAGAAGAGAGGAGGCCUGUGGUGGACCUAUCUGGUGAGUCUGAUCUUCAAGGCGGGCUUCGACGCCGGCUUCCUCUACAUCCUCUACUACGUCUACGAGGGUUAUGACAUGCCUCGUCUCUCCAAGUGCUCCCUGGAGCCCUGCCCCAACACCGUCGACUGCUACAUCUCCCGUCCCACCGAGAAGAAGAUUUUCACCAUCUUCAUGGUGGUCUCCUCAUCCAUCUGCAUCUUCAUGUGUAUCUGUGAGAUGGUCUACCUCAUCUGCAAGAGGAUCCAGAAGACCAUCAGGAAGAAGGUGGUAGAGAGUCAUGAGAUGACGGCGCGGAGGUCGAGAUCCAAGUCGUCUGUCAGGGAGGACCCCACCAACACAGCCUCCAUUCAGAACCUCUGUAAUGUCAAGACGGAGGAGGCGCCAUCAGAGAAGAAGAAAUAAUAGGUCAUGUGACGCGGUCAAGCUGGAAUGGGAAAAGGAAACAGGAGUGGGAGGAGAGUUUGGCCAUCUAAGGUCACGAGAUAUGACGUAGGGUGGACUAUACGGUCUAAGGUCAGGAGAUAUGAGGUAGGGUGGACUAUAAGGC